AUGCUAAAAUUACAGAAAAUAAUUGUUAGUGAACUUACUCGUUUGGAAUUUAAUAUAAUUGUUAAACAGGGUCUUAAAGCUAAUGCUCUACUGGACCGAGGCAUGCAGCUUACAGGAUCAACUUCUAAUACUCCAUAUACUCCAUUGGAAAAGAAAAUCCUUGAUCACACAGACGAUGAAACAAUAACAGAAGAAUGGACUCUUGAUCAUCCCAUUUCUCAGACCAGAACAACAGCUAUUGUUGAAGUAAAAGGAACUGUGGAUGUAGUUCUUAGUCCUCUUGUAGCAGAAGCUUUAGACAGGUAUAUAGAAGCAAUGGUACACUGUGCUAGCACACGUCAUGCAGCAGCCAUUGUGGAUGAUUUGCAUUGUAAGGUUCUCAGAGAAGCUGUCCAGAAUAGAAAAACAACUUUUUCAGAAAAUCUAUCUUCUAAACAGGAUGUGAGAGGAACAAAAAUAGAAACCCCGGCUACUGGAACAACUCAAGUAAAGACACAGGCCAGUGUUUCUCUCAAACAAGAUAAUGUGACUAUUAAAGGCCUACAAGCCAAUGUUACAGUACCUAAGGUAAAUUUAUGCUUACUGCAAGCAUCAAUAGAAGAAUCAUCAGGCACAGGCACAGCCAAAAAUGUAACUAAUGUUUCUUUAGUGGCUUUGUGCUUUGACAGGAUUGCUACACAGGUCCGUAUGAACAGAGGCGUGGUUGAAGAGAAUACAAACAGUGCAGAAACUAGGAGAGGUUCUGUAACUUUUGACAAGUAUGUCCAUUCCAAUAAAAUGCAGCCACAGUCCUCUGGCUCUCUACGAUCAAAUGCUGGAGCAGAAAAAGGAAAAGAAAUUGCAGCUAAACUUAAUAUUCAUCGUAUUCAUGGGCAACUCAGAGGCCUAGAUACUUCAGAUAUUGGAAUCUGUGCCAUAACAGCCAUUCCAUUUGAAAAAUCAAAAGUUCUUUUCACUUUGGAAGAGUUGGAUGAUUUUUCUUUUGUAGAUGAAACUGAUCAUCAAGUAGUUCAAGAUGUAACACGGAUAGGGCCUAGCCAAGAAAAAUGGGGCUGGAUAAUGUUUGAAUGUGGAAUUGAAAAUCUGACAAUAAAAGGUGGUAGGCAAUGUGGUGCUAUUUUAUAUAACACAUUUGGGAAUAUAGGUAAAUCUGUAGCUACCGACAGAGGUGGAUUACUUGCAUCCAAUAAUUCUUCAGAUUCUCCAACUGGCAGUGGUUACAAUACUGAUGUGUCUGAAGAAAAUCUCCCCUGUGAUCGCAUUAGUGCUGGUUCUGAUACUCGUCCAAAUUCAGUUUCAGAUGAACAAGAUGAAGGGGUUGAAUCUGAUGAUCUGAAAAAGGAGCAUCCUUUAAGGCCUCCCCCACCUGAUUCUUGUAGCAUGAAACUGACAAUCAAAGAAAUCUGGUUCAGUUUUGCAGCUCCAACAAAUGUUCGUUCACCUGCCCAUAUAUUUUCAAGGCAACUGAAUCUUCUGAGCACUGCAACUCCAGCUGUUGGUGCUUGGCUUCUUCCUAUUGAUCAAGUAAAGUCUUCUUUAAAUAAAUUAGAAACAGAGGGAACCUUACGUGUUUGCGCUGUCAUGGGAUGUAUAAUGACAGAAGCCUUAGAGAAUAAAAGUGUACACUUUCCUUUGAGAAGCAAGUACAACAGGCUCACAAAAUUAGCUCGUUAUUUACAAGAAAAUCCUUCCUGUUUGCUGUGCAAUAUACUUCACCACUAUCUUCACCAAGCAACUUUUUCCAUAAUUGAGGAUGCAACUAUGAGUGAUGGCCUUCCUGCUCUGGUGACAUUAAAGAAAGGUCUCAUUGCAUUAGCCAGGCAGUGGAUGAAGUUCAUUGUGGUGACCCCAGCCUUCAAAGGGGUGAGUUUACACAGGCCAGCUCAGCCAAUGAAACUCCAGUCAACUGUACACCAGGAACAAGAGGAUGGCUUUGGCUUAGACAAUGUGGGAGGACUUCAAAGUGACACAAGUGCUGAUGGAGCAGAGUUUGAGUUUGAUGCAGCUACUGUCAGCGAACAUACGAUGCUCCUGGAAGGAAGUGGUACACGCCCCCCACCUGCUGCUGUUUCUUCUGGGCCUGUAACUGGUGCUGAAAUUAUGAGGAAAUUAUCAAAGACUCAUACUCAUAGUGAUUCUGGCCUUAAAAUAAAGGGUAUCCAUCCAUAUCAUUCUCUGAGCUACACCAGUGGAGAUACGGCUACAGACUCACCAGUGCAUAUUGGUCGUUCUGGGCUACUUGUCAAAGAAAGUCCAAGAAAAGAGAGUUUACUUAGCUAUUUGACUGGAAGUUUUCCUAGUCUACACAAUCUUUUAGAGGGGACUCCUCAAAGAAAUACCACAGCCCCCAAGAAUAGCUCUUUAACAAGAACAGCGAACACCAUGCAAUCUGAAAUUCUGUCUGAACAUCCAUUAUUAUCAGAACCAUCUUCUGUGAGUUUUUAUAACUGGAUGUCAAAUGCAGUGGGCAAUAGAGGAAAUACGGCUCAAGAGUCUCCUGUCACCAAAUCUGGCCACAACAGUCUUCCAACAGGUGUGGCUCCAAAUCUUCCAACUAUACCUUCAGCAUCUGACUUCAAUACAGUAAUGUCUAGUGAUCAGAACACAUUGGAUGGAACUCAUUCACAACACAGUACUAGUCAAGAUGACAUUGUUGGUAUUGAGGAGGCGAACCAGGGACUCCCUGCUGUUCAACUUGCUGAUGCACAGGUUGUUUUCAAACCUCUUCUGAGUCACACAGGAAUUCAGUCUCAGGAUGUAGUACCAUUCUGCUAUAGGAUGUACUUUGGUGAGCAUCUCUCAUUCUCAGGGACUCUGGAUUGCCUUAGGGCAGACAUUGUUGAUUCAGAUACAGCAAAGGAGAGAAGAAGCAAAAGAGCACGAAGGCAAGGAGCAGUAAAUCUUCCUCCACUUGAAUUCAAACCAGCAUUAAUGUUGGAAACUUUUAGUAUUAGUGCUGUUAUAAUGGAGAAGUCAGUGAAUGCACCUCAAAACUCUACCAAUGCUCUUGCUUUUCAUGACUUUAACAAACGUCAUUAUAGCACGUUUCAUUGCAAUUUUACAAUCUCUUGUCAAUCUAUAAGCCAGCAUGUGGAUAUGGCACUAGUUCGGCUUAUUCACCAAUUCAGCACCAUGAUAGAUGAUAUUAAAGCUACACAAACGGACAUCAAACUUAGUAGAUAUACUGCUGGUUCAGCUUCUCCAACACCAACCUUUAAAACUCGGAAACACAGAGACUUCCGUUCUUCUGACUUCAGUCGCAGUUCUCGAGGCAGCCUUAAUGGUGUCAACAGAGUGAACAAUGCAAAAAAUAAACGAUCAAACAGUGAGAAUAAUAAAAAAGAAUGUCGAAAUAAAAAUUCACUGGGAAGGGCAGAAAGAAGAACUUCUAAAGUAUCCAGGAAAGGUUCCAAAGAUGUUGUUGACCAUGUGACCAUUCAUAUGGAUGACUCUGAUUCAAUUACAGUGUCAGAACAAAGUGAACCUUCUGCAGAGUGCUGGCAAAAUAUGUAUAAGCUAUUGAACUUUUAUUCACUUAUCUCAGAUCCUACAGGGAUUUUAGAAAAAUCUUCUGAAACAUUUUAUCCAGGAGGAAUUCGGAGCCCUACAGAACCCGCAUGUAGGGUUGCAUUUGAGAAUGAACAGGAUAACAGCAGUUUGAGCAGACCACAGAGGAAACGUAGUUUGGUCACAUCUGAACCUCAGCAUGUGACCCUGAUAGUCUUUGGAAUAGGCAUGGUAAAUCGGACACAUCUUGAAGCAGAUAUUGGUGGGUUAACAAUGGAAUCAGAACUGAAGAGAAUCCAUGGUAGCUUUACACUCAAAGAAAAAAUGAAAGAUGUACUGCAUCAAAAGAUGACCGAGACAUGUGCUACUGCUCAUAUAGGUGGUGUUAAUAUUGUUCUCCUGGAAGGGAUCACACCAAAUAUCCAACUGGAGGAUUUUCCUACGUCACCAACAAGCACAGCCAAACAGGAAUUUCUAACUGUGGUGAAAUGUAGUAUUGCCAAAUCACAAGCUCUUUAUAGCGCCCAAAGAGGGCUGAAAACGAACAAUGCUGCCAUCUUCAAAGUAGGUGCUAUCAGCAUCAACAUUCCACAGCAUCCAGCUACUCUUCACAGCAUGAUGGUUCGCAGCUCUCAUCAGCUUUCAAAGCAAAUAUCGGAUCUCAUCAGACAGCCAUCUGCAGUUCCACAGCCUCCAAAAGAAGAUAUUGCAACCCCACUGCCUGCAGAAAAAACACCUACAAGUGUAAAUCAGACCCCUGUUGAAACAAAUGAAUUUCCACAAUUACCAGAAGGUUUGGAAAAGAAGCCUAUAGUUCUUAAAUUCAGUGCCAUGAUUGAUGGAAUUGCUAUUGGAGCAGCACUCUUGCCUUCACUGAAAGCUGAAUACAAAAUGGGAAGAAUGCGAAGUCACGGAAUGACAGGUGCACAAACAAGAUUUACAUUUGAGCUCCCAAAUCACAAAUUACGAUUCACUUCCAAAGUCUCUGCCACUGAUAUGUCUACCAUACCUCCUUCAGCUAGUCUUAACCUUCCUCCUGUGACAAUGUCAGGCAAAUACAUUAUGGAGGAACAUGAUACUUACUCAGAUCAAAUAUGGAGUAUAGAUGAGCUGCCAGCUAAGCAGGGCUACUAUCUCCAGGGAAACUAUUUGCGUUGUGUUGCUGAGGUUGGGUCCUUUGAACAUAACCUUACAACAGACCUUUUGAACCAUUUGGUUUUUGUGCAGAAAGUAUUUAUGAAAGAAGUCAAUGAAGUAAUACAGAAAGUCUCAGGAGGGGAACAACCUAUUCCUCUUUGGAAUGAACAUGAUGGAACAAAUGAUGGAGAAAAACCAAAAAUUCUCCUUUAUUCUUUGAGUCUUCAAUUUAAGGGAAUCCAGGUAACAGCCACAACACCAUCAAUGCGGGCUGUACGCUUUGAAACAGGACUGAUAGAACUGGAGCUUUCUAAUAGAAUACAAGCCAAAGCCAUGCCUGGUGGCACCAGUUAUCUGAAACUUUUUGGUAAAUGCCAGGUGGAUUUAAAUUUGGCUUUAGGACAGAUUGUUAAACAUCAGGUUUAUGAAGAAGCUGGCUCAGACUUCCAUCAAGUUGCUUACUUUAAAACUAGAAUUGGAUUAAGAAAUGCCCUUAGAGAAGAAAUCAGUGGUUCAUCAGAUCGAGAAGCCGUGCUUAUUACUCUGAACAGACCAAUAGUUUUUGCUCAGCCUGUGGCCUUUGACAGAGCUGUGCUAUUCUGGCUGAAUUACAAAGCUGCUUAUGAUAACUGGAAUGAACAGAGAAUGGCCUUGAAUAAAGAUGUUCAUAUGGCUACAAAGGAAAUUGUUGAUAUGUUACCUGGAAUACAGCAGACAUCUGCUCAAGCUUUUGGAACGCUCUUCCUCCAACUAACAGUUAACGAUUUGGGAAUUUGCCUGCCAAUUACAAACACACCACAGACUAACCAUACAGCUGAUCUGGACACUGGCUCUGCAUUAGUCUUGACUAUUGAAAGCACUUUAAUUACCGCCUGCUCUUCAGAAUCCCUGGUCAGCAAAGGUCAUUUUAAAAACUUCUGUAUCCGCUUUGCUGAUGGCUUUGAAACAACCUGGGAUGAUUGGAAGCCAGAAAUACGAGGAGAUCUAGUGAUGAAUGCUUGCGUAGUACCAGAUGGCACCUAUGAAGUGUGUUCAAGGACAACCGGGCAGGCAGCUGCAGAAAGUAACAGUGCUGGAACAUGGACUCUUAAUGUGCUGUGGAAGAUGUGUGGCAUUGAUGUACACAUGGAUCCUAACAUUGGGAAAAGAUUAAAUGCUUUAGGAAAUACUCUUACAACAUUGACAGGAGAAGAAGAUUUAGAUGACAUUGCUGAUUUGAAUUCUGUUAAUAUAGCUGACCUAUCUGAUGAGGAUGAAAUUGAUACAAUGUCUCCCACUGUUAGCAUGAGAUCAGAUGGUGGUCCUUUAUGUGGAGAUACAUACAAGCUCACUUUUGGGCAGCGGAUUGUAAAUCAUCUCUUGGGUUUGAGUCCCAAAAGCCAUCGUUACUCUGUUCCAGUAGAAUAUCUGGUGGGAUCAGCAUCAAGUGAUACGGCUUAUUCUAACAGCUCACACUUAAAAGUGGGCAGGUCUUGCUCAUGGGGACAUGAGAAUGCUGACUAUCGGAGGCAGGGGCCAUCUAAUAAUCAGACUGGAGAGCAAAGAGGAAGAAAGUAUGUGAAGCGCUUAGUUGAUAUCAGAGAGCUGAAUGAACAGGCUAAAGUAAUUGAUGAUUUAAAGAAACUGGGUGCAAGUGAAGGAACUAUAAACCAGGAAAUUCAGCGAUACCAACAGUUGGAGUCAGUAGCUGUCAAUGACAUUCGCCGAGAUGUUCGUAAAAAGCUACGCAGGUCAAGUAUGAGGGCAGCAUCUCUGAAAGAUAAAUGGGGCCUAGGUUACAAACCUAGUUAUAAUCGAUCCAAAAGUAUUUCAGCUUCAGGAAGACCACCUCUGAAGAGAAUGGACAGAACAAGUACAAGGCUUGGGGAAAGUGAAGAACUUCCAGAAAUUCGUGUUGAUGGGGCAUCUCCUGGGCCCAGAGUAACUUUCAGCAUACAGGAUACGUUUCCAGAGGAGACAGAAUUGGAUCUUUUGUCAGUAACUAUUGAUGGUCCAUCCCAUUACUCAUCCACUAGUGAAGGAUCAUGCUCAGUAUUCAGUUCACCCAAAACUCCAGCUGUCUUCUCACCAAGCAUUCCCUUCCAGCCUGAAGAAGGAAGACGAGAUGACAGUUUGUCUUCAACAAGCGAGGAGUCAGAAAAAGAGGAAGAUCAUGAGAGAGAGAGGCCAUACUUUUAUCGGAAAACACAGACUGCUUCUCGUAAGAAAGCUACAGGUUUUGCUGCUGUUCACCAACUGUUUACUGAGCGUUGGCCAACAUCUCCAGCCAACAGAAAUAUAACUGGAACAACUACUGAGAGGAAUAUCGACUUUGAACUUGAUGUGAGAGUUGAAAUUGACUCUGGGAAGUGUGUGCUUCAUCCAACAACACUCCAACAAGAACAUGAUGAUAUAAGCUUAAGGAGGACCUAUGAUCGCAGUUCCCGAAGUUUAGAUCAAGAAUCUCCCUCUAAAAAAAAGAAAUUUCAAACUAACUAUGCAUCAACUACCCAUUUACUGGCUGGAAAGAAAGUACCAGCAUCUCUCCAAACAAAGUCUAGUGACCUGGAAACAACAGUAUUUUACAUUCCUGGUGUAGAUGUUAAGCUACAUUACAACUCUAAGAUGUUAAAGACGGAAUCGCCAAAUGCGUCCCGAGGCUCAUCUCUUCAAAGAACCUUUUCCAAAGAAUCCAAAUUGUAUAGCAUGAAAGAUAUUAUUCCUCUUACCCAUAGCAAGGCUAAAACCUUCCUUCCUCUUCAACCCCCACCUAUUCCAUCAGCCAAAGGUAAAGGAAGUGGUGGUGUAAAGACAGCAAAGCUCUAUGCUUGGGUUGCACUCCAGUCUUUGCCUGAGGAAAUGGUGAUUAGCCCUUGCCUGUUAGACUUUCUAGAAAAGGCUCUUGAAACAAUACCUAUAACUCCAAUAGAAAGGAAUUAUACAGCCAUCAGCUCACAAGAUGAAGAUAUUGGGCAAUUUGAUAUGCAAGAUCCCUUAGAAGAAUCCACAGCUUCCUUAGUAUCUUCAUCAACAUCAGCAUACUCUUCUUUCCCUGUUGAUGUAGUAGUAUAUGUAAGAGUUCAGCCUUCACAAAUCAAGUUCAGCUGCUUACCCGUGUCACGCGUAGAAUGCAUGUUGAAACUUCCAUCCCUUGAUCUUGUGUUUUCUUCCAAUCGAGGGGAAUUAGAAACUUUAGGUUCAACCUGCCCUACAGAAAAUUCUUCACAAAGUGGCUCAAAGAUGUCAGUUAAAAGUAUCUCACCAGGUUCAUCUCUUGGAUUAGGUAGCCCUUUUGGCAGAACACGGCAUAGUAGCAGCCAGUCAGAUUUGACAGGUUCUAGCAGCAGCUCUUCAGGUUUGAGUUUCACAGCCUGCAUGUCUGAUUUCUCCCUUUAUGUAUUUCAUCCAUAUGGAGCAGGAAAGCAAAAAACCACUGUGGCUGGCCUGUCUUCUGGAUCAGGGAGUAUAGAUGAAGAGCCCUCGUCAGUUACUGGUCGUAAGGAUUCACUGAGCAUCAACCUUGAGUUUGUAAAAGUUAGCCUAUCAAGAAUAAGGCGUUCAGGAGGUGCUACCUUUUUUGAGGGUCUGUCUGCAAGCAAAUCUGCCAACAAGAUGGAUACUACACUGAUAAAUAUAUCUGCUGUUUGUGACAUAGGAUCUGCUUCUUUUAAAUAUGACAUGAGGAGACUGAGUGAGAUUCUAGCAUUUCCAAGGGCCUGGUACAGAAGGAGUAUUGCAAGACGCCUCUUUCUAGGUGACCAGACAAUAAAUUUGCCAGUAGCAUCAGGUCCUGGGACACCAGAUUCUAUCGAAGGAAUGAACCAGCACAUGUCUCCUGAAUCAUCAAGAAAAGCAUACUGUAGAACCUGGGAGCAACCAAGUCAGUCUGCUUCAUUUACCCAUAUGGCUCAGUCACCAAGUGUUUUCAAUGAGCACAGUUCCAAUAUGUCCCCUGGAACAGCAUCUCAUAACCUAAAAUCCCCUGCUGUUGCAAGAUCCAGAAGUGUGUCAGAUUCUUCAGUCCCUCAGAAAGAUCUACUGUCAAAAACAUCAACUCCAUUUAAUAAAUCAAAUAAAGCUGGAAGUCAGCAGGUGACACCAUGGGAAACACUGGUUGUAUUUGCUAUGAACUUGAAACAAUUAAAUGUCCAAAUGAAUAUGAGCAACGUGAUGGGAAACACUACGUGGACUACUAGUGGUCUGAAAAGCCAGGGUCGUUUAUCUGUGGGCAGUAACAGGGAUCGGGAAAUUAGCAUGUCAGUAGGUCUGGGAAGAUCACAUUUGGAUUCUAGAGGAGGAGUGGUUGGCGGUACCAUAGAUGUUAAUGCCUUGGAGAUGGUGGCUCAUAUUUCAGAACAUCCCAACCAGCAGCCAAGUCACAAAAUUCAGAUUACCAUGGGCUCUACUGAAGCUCGUGUUGAUUACAUGGGGUCUAGUAUUCUAAUGGGCAUUUUCAGUAAUGCAGACCUUAAGCUGCAGGAUGAAUGGAAAGUUAAUCUCUAUAAUACUUUGGAUGCCAGCAUUACUGACAAGAG